UCUAUUUACCACGUACGUCAACUGUAGGCGACAAAAUAACCGUCCAAACCUAAACAUGUAAAAUAAUCAAUCUGAUCCUGAAGUUAAAGGGGUUUACGACUGUUUCUGUCACUCAAAAGACAGGUUUCCCUCUAGUGAACAACUGAGUCCACAGAGUUUACAUGUCUUUAAAUAAGAACUUUAUCAUGAUUUUACUGAACGGUACUUUUUAAAUUUCGCGCUGCUUGCUCCGCCUCUAAACGGAUUAGCCUGCUAGCAUUGAAACUAGCCAUGCCACUGAGUCAGUAACAUUCCAUGUAAGAAAGGAAGAGAGGCUGUUCUCUGUUUUUAAAACUUAUAUACAAGUGUUUUAUUAAAUGGAGGUGACAGACGUCGGAAACAAAGAAGAGGGGAAAGUAUGGUAUCGAAAAGCAGCUGCAGGUAAAGGUGUGUUGGUGACAAUAGUCCGCACCACUCAGCAGGCUAAGACGGUGCGUUUCCUCCAUGUGGCCUUCGACACCACAGGAGACUCCUUCCUGGCUGGAGAUCACCAUGGCAACAUCUAUGUGUUUGACAUCAGUAGAAACAGGUUUCGUCUGGUGCAGAGGACGGGUCAGGCCUGCACUGCUCUGGCUUUCAGCCUCCGCCGGACUACAGAGUUCCUCGUGGCCCUGACUGACUACACCAUCAAGUGCUUUGACAAAGACACUAAGCAGCUGGUAAGUUGGAUGCGUGGUCACGAGGGAGCGGUCUCGUCCAUCUCUGUCCACAGCUCAGGUCGCUACGCCAUCAGCACCUCCUCUGACACGGCUCAACUCUGGGACCUGGACACCUUUCAGAGGAAGAGGAAGCUCAACAUCAGACAGUCCGUGGGCAUUCAGAGGGUGUUUUUCCUGCCUCUCAGUAACACCAUCCUCAGCUGUUUCAGUGAUGACUCCAUCUUUGCCUGGGAGAGCGACACACUCUUCUGUAAAUAUCAGCUUCCCGUACCCAACAGUGGACCCAAAAUCUCGUACAAAGCCUUUGCUGUCACACGUGACGGUAAGAGCCUUGCUGCUGGUGGACGCUCCAACCUGCUGCACCUGUGGUGUUUGGACAGCAAGCAGCUGAUCAGAGUGAUUCAGAUGCCGACGCAGGUUCGAACCGUUCGACAGCUGGAAUUCCUGCCUGACAGCUUUGAUGGAGGCGCUAGCCAGACGCUCGGCGUGCUGAGUCAGGACGGUGUGAUGCGAUUCAUCAACAUUCACACCUGCAAGCUGCUUUUCCAAACUGGCUCCCAUGACGAUGCCAUCACCUCAGUGACAGUUGGUCCUAACGGCCGUCACAUCGUGGCCAUCAUGGAUAACGGCAGCGUCAAUGUUUACAGUGUUCAGAGUCUCACACAGGAACUAAACAAGCCUCCUUCAUCUCAGGUGGCCGUUGUCUCUGGUGAAGCUGAUCAGGAAUAUUCAAAUCUGAAAGUCAAAGUCAGGUCAGCCGCUGCUCAGAGGCCGGCCAGGAGUUCUGGUCGGAGGACACAAGUGAAGAUACUCAGACCUCCUGCUGGGUCUGCAGCCGAGGAUAAAGAGAAUGAACUGCCUGCUGGUCUGAACAGAAAGAGACUUGUUGCUAUGCUCAAGGCGUUUGGAGAGUAUCCUGCUAAAUACAGGAUGUUUGUAUGGCGCUCUUUGUUGUGUCUCCCGGAGAACCAUGCCGUGUACAGCAGUCUGACAGAUAAAGGUCUACAUUCAGCCUAUCUCACUCUGCAGGAGAAAUACCCCAUCAAGAGUCACAAGCUGCAGAGGGGGCUGCAGAGGGUGUUGUCUGCCCUGGCUCACUGGGCAGCCAUCUUUGGGGAGGUGGAGUACCUUCCUCUGGUGGCCUUUCCGUUCGUUAAACUCUUCCAGAACAACCCAAUGCUCUGCUUUGAGGUGGUGGCCACUGUCAUAGUAAAUUGGUGUCAGCAUUGGUUCGAAUACUUCCCCAACCCUCCUCUCAACAUUCUGAGCGCGGUGGAGAACGUUCUGGCUCAUCACGACAAGGAGCUGCUGCAGCACCUGGUGGACUGUGGCAUCACCUCCCAGCUGUAUGCCUGGCCCCUGCUGGAGACUUUGUUCUCCGAGGUUUUGACUCGUGACGAGUGGCUCAAACUCUUCGACAACAUCUUCUCCAACCAGCCGUCAUUCCUGCUCAUGGCCUGUGCGGCUUACAUCACCUGCUGUCGUGAGCCUCUGCUGCUCUGCUCACAGAAACAGGACUUUGAGUACUUCUUUCAUCACCGGAACAACCUGGAUGUGGGAGCCAUGAUAAAGGAGGCGUACCGGCUCAUGGGCAGCACUCCGGCUGACAUCCAUCCUAAGACUUUGUUCUCUGACUUUACACCCCUGAGCAAAGGCCAGUACCCUGUGUUCAACCAUUACCCAGAAUUCAUUGUGGAGUACCAGAGCCGGGAGCGGGAGAAGAUUCGACUGCAGGAGCUGGAGUAUCUACGUGAGAGGCAGGAGGUGUCAGCCUUACGUUCAGAUUUUGUGCGUCGACAUGCAGAAGAGGAGGCCUAUUAUGCACAACAGGAGCUGCUGCAGAAAGCAGAGGAACAGCGUAGAAUCCUCCUCGCACAAGAGGAAGAAAAACUGACACAGCAGAGGGCAAAGUUGGCAGCCAUGAAGAGAGAGCUGAAGGUGAAGGAGUUACAACUGCUUGAUGCAACCAGAAGACGUUUCCUCAAACACCAGCAGGACCUGAGAGCCUCACAGGUCCAGGGAUUAGAGCAGGAGAUCAGCAGGAAGACGGACCUGCGGGAGCGAGAAACAUCUGCAGCAGUUCAGGAUCUGGAGGUCAGACAGAUGGAGCUUGAAGCUCAGAGGAGGCAACUUGAACAGCACCUGUUGAAGGAGCAGGAGCGCAUGGGACGGAGGGUGGAGGAGGAGGUGGAGAUAAGGAUGAGGCGGGCAGAAAGAGAGGAAGAGAGCUUCACAGAGCUGCUGCACAGUACAGAGACAAACAUACAGGCCCUGGAGGAGUCCCUGGCGGAGGCAUGCCAGCUGGGCUUAGACUCGGACUGGCAGAGCGAGGUAGCGGAGCGGCUGCAGCAGGUGGAGGCUGAGCAGGAGAGGAAGAGAGAGAGACUGGCAGAGCUUCACAGACAAACCCUGGCAGAGGAGGAGAGACUGGCUGACACCAUGAGGGAUGUGGCAGGAAGGAAGUGGGAGGACGUGAUGAGAAGCAGAGCACAGUUGCAGGAGCAGCAUCAGCCCCUGUCCUCAGCGCACACAGAUGGGCAGAGACCAGCAGGGCCUCAGAGACCCAGUACCAGUGCUGCUGUCUGUGUUGGAACCAACACUUCAGGUCCACCAGUCAAACCCAACUCCACCUCCAUGAAGCAGACAGGAACCAACAUGACGUGUCUGAACAGCCCAUCAUCUUCAGAGAGCACGUCCACUGUCUUCUCUCUGGACCGAGGCCGCGCCCAGCUGGACAGCAGCGAGCGGGAACUGCUGAAGGAAAUCCGAGAGCUGAGACAGAAACUUGCAGCAAGAGCCAGAGAGAGCAACUCAGCCUCCUCACAGUCUGUCCAGAGUCUGUCCUCGGUCUCUGUCCAGUGACCACACACUGCUCCGUGUCCCCACAGUGUCACCAGAACAUCUUCUCAUCUCGAGCAAGCCACAACAAGAAACAUUGAAUCAGACUGUUUCUAAGUGCUUACAUGCAGCGUCUGUUCCUCCGUCUAUAAUGACAUGUUAUUAACGCAACCAAAGACAAAGAGUUCAACUUCCUGGAAACCCACACCUCAUGAAAACACAUCUUUCACUGUGACUGGAUCACUCUAAGGGAAGAAUUAGACUCUUCCUUUUGGUGGAGGCUCUAUAUGAUGAGCACAUGACUGUACAACUUGUUGUAGUGUGUUAAAAUGUAAGGAUUCAAAUGCUCCCACUCACAACGACAGCUUUAUUUAUUUAAACCCAGCUUAGUCUGUAGCCACACACACACAUACAGAUAUCAAAGUAGACCCUGUGUCUAACUGCUGUUUGUAAUGAUUAGGUAUAGUAUUGUGUGAUGUAUUAUUACACCUCUGAUUAUCAUAUCACCUUUUAUAUAAUGUUAAAUUCUGUUAUUUAUUCUUUUUUUUUUGCAUAAAGAUCAACUUUGCUUUUUAUUGUCUGAAUGAAUUGACCUGAUGUGUCUUCUAUAAAUGUGUUUUAGUUUUUGAAACCCUGGUUCAGCCCUCUCUUUCUUUAUGUGUGCUUGUUGAUGCACUUGAGUUACUUCUUUUAGUUUUGUAAACCUGAUGGUUGGUAAAGUUAUAUCAUUUUAAAGCUGCUCUUUCAACUCUUUUAGUUCACAUUCAAAUAUAUUCCAGAAAUAAUGACAAACUGAAA